GGGAACCAGGUGCACUGCCAGCCCCGAGACAUGUCCUGCUCCGACAAGUGCCAGCCCUGCCAGCCCUGCCAGCCCUGCGGCCCGACCCCGCUGGCCAACAGCUGCAAUGAGCCCUGUGUCAGGCAGUGCCAGCCUUCCACCAUCGUCAUCCAGCCCUCCCCCGUGGUGGUGACCCUGCCCGGCCCCAUCCUCAGCUCCUUCCCGCAGAACACUGCCGUGGGCUCCUCCACCUCUGCUGCCGUUGGCAGCAUCCUCAGCUGUGAUGGAGUCCCCAUCAACUCUGGGUGCUGCGACAUCUCCUGCAUCACCAGCCGCUACUGUGGCAGCAGAAGGUGCCCCCCUUGCUAA